AACUUAUAGAACUUACACACAACUUACACACAACUUACACAAUACAACAACUUCGCUGCUGGAACAACAGCACCUCACUCCCAACCAUUUUAGCACAUCACGUGCGACACUAUUCUAUUAGCUGAGGAGUGGAAGGUUUCCAGUCCAGUGCUACGAAAAGCCACAGGUGCCAUUGAUGUCAUUUUCAUCACUAUUUCCAGAGUCUUCACGGUAUUUUUCUGGUCCUGUGGACAAAUCUAGAUCUAACAGACACUUCAUAAGACCGCAUUCCAUAGUAUGGUUACAUUCGAAAAGAGUUUCAUCGGUGCUGGCGGCAAUCGACACCCAGCAGCAUCAGACUGGCACCAAGAUUCGGGCUUACUUGCCUUUGGCUCAGGGAGAAAUGUCGCCCUAUGGUAUCCAAAGGAUGAGAAGGCCCACGGCAUCACGCAACUCUUGGUUGGCCAUCAAGACGAUGUGAAUGUCGUUAAAUUUUUCCCCGGAAGUUUUGGCAGGCGACCAGUCAUUAUAAGCGGCUCCGUGGAUAAGACCAUACGGAUAUGGUGUCCGGAGUCUAAAGAAUUUCAUGAAAGCCCACAUUUCGUGCAAGUGGACAAGAUCGAGAGCCACAGUGCUUCUGUCAAUGCCAUAUGCUGUCUAAAUGGCACCAAUCUCGUUGUUUCUGGGUCCUCAGAUGGCGAACUCAAAAUCUGGAGCCUGGAUAUUUCCGAAAAGAAUGUGGCUAGCCAUAAGUGGAAGGAAAAUAUCUCACUUUGCAGGCCCAAGUUCAUUCCUCUCGCUAUUGCCGCAAUACGCCUUAGCCCUAGCAUCGACCUUAUUGCGGUGGCAGGAACAUUCAACAAGGUGUUGAUAUUCACUAGGCCCAAGGGUCUGGAUGGAUCGAUGGGCAUGUUCCGCCAGGUUGCUUCAUUACCAGGUCACGAAGGGUGGAUCAGAUCACUGGACAUUACCCAGGAAACACCGGAAGAUGGCUCAGACUUCCUGCUUGCCUCAGCAUCUCAGGAUAAAUAUAUCAGGCUUUGGAGGAUACAUCGAGGCGCAGACCUCCCCGCAGCGGCUGCGACGGACCCAUCGUUGGGAUCUUUCGGGCUCGCGCUUUCAAACAAAGCAUAUCGAUUCAAUAGCGGUGAAGAGACGCACUCCAUCACUUUUGAAGCCCUUCUCGUCGGACACGAAGAUUGGAUCUACACUGCCCGAUGGAUGAGGUUGAACGCCCACGGAUAUCGAUUGCAGUUGCUCUCCGCCUCGGCAGACAAUUCCCUUGCAGUAUGGGAAAAGGACGAUGUCUCGUUGAUCUGGGUAGUCACAUCACGACUGGGCGAAAUCAGCGCUCAGAAGGGCUCGACGACUGCCACAGGUAGUACCGGAGGGUUCUGGUCCGGUCUCUGGUUCUAUUCCGGAAUCUUGGCGAGUGUCAGCGCGGCGGGGAGCUGGAGAGUGUGGGAAUGGGACCCGUCCGUGGGAGAUUAUCUGCAGCAGAUUGGUGUCGGGGGUCACACGAAAGAAGUUCGAGGGAUAUCAUGGUCGAAGGACGGCUCCUACCUUCUCUCGACGUCCGCCGAUCAAACGACACGACUGUACGCAGAGUGGAAGCGAGAUGGUAGACGCUCGUGGCACGAGUUUGCGCGCCCUCAAAUCCACGGAUACGAUCUCAAUUGCAUCGCCUCACUCAACCCUUCUCGGUUCAUCUCCGGUGCGGAUGAGAAACUGAUGCGAGUUUUCGAUGAACCAGCGUCGAUUGCAACGCUACUCUCCGGAUUAUGCGAAAUCGCGACGCCUGGUGCCGCUUCUCUGCCGGAGACGGCCACCAUGCCAGUGCUUGGUCUGUCAAACAAGGCGGUGGAUGCUGCUGAUCCCGACUCCGAGGGAAAUACUCAAACUUACAAAAGUGCAUUGGAGGCCCUCACUCACCCGCCACUAGAGGACCAGCUUUCACGGCUAACACUGUUCCCUGAGAUCGAGAAGCUCUACGGUCACGGCGCGGAAAUCUCCGCGCUCGCGGCGUCUCAGUCUGGCAAUCUGAUUGCGUCCGCCUGCCGCGCUUCAUCUGAGGAGCACGCGGUGAUCCGAAUGUAUCGAAGCAGUGACUGGAGAGAAGUGAAGCCGCCGCUGCAGGGUCAUAGUCACACUGUCCUUGGCCUCUCGUUUUCCGCUGACGAUGAGUUCUUGCUCAGCGUCGGGCGCGACAGGACGUGGAUUCUGUGGCGGAAAGAGGAAGGGGAUGAUUACGUGCUAUGGGCGAAGAACCCGUCGGCUCACACGAGAAUGAUCCUGUCAUGCGCGUGGGUUCCGCCACGGUCGACUACAGACUCACGGCGGAUUUUCGUGACUGCUGGAAGAGAUAAAAAGAUCAGAGCAUGGGCGAUUGAAACGGACGUGAACAAACCCAGUGAUGACAAGACAAAUGCGCGCGAGAGGGUGACGCUCUUCGCGACAGUAGAUGCCGAUGGGCCCAUCACAGCCGUAUCAGUUGCACCGAGCCCUGUUGAUGGAUCGUGGCUCGUCGUGUAUGGCAACGAGAAUGGGAGACUCAGUGGAGCUCUAAUUUCAGUGGACGGAUCAGUGUCGCCAUGGGAUGAGGGACAUUCUCCAAUUGUCUCAAGCGGUGAGAUUCACGGUUUGGAAUGGCGGGUGCCCCUUCAACAGUCGGAUGAGAAAUUAGGGAACGGAAGGACGUUGGCAGUGGCAGCGGAUGACGGAGUGUUGGUUUAUGAUAUGUGGUUAUAACGGAGUGCUAUCGGUCAGAGAAGGGUUCUGAUACGACCUUGGUUAACAAAGGAUCUGAAGGAAUUCAAUGGCCCCCUUUCGUACCUCCGGGUUCUGGUUUAAUUUAUGGUACUAUACUCCCUUGCUUAGUAGCCGACUUACCUUCGGAAACCAUCCAUCAUGACUCAGUUAAGUGUGGUUUGGGAAUCCAGGAAGCAAGCGGUGACGUUCACAAACUCCAUCAAACCAGAUUUUCA